CACUAAAACCCUCAAAAACACGCUGUGUCUCCCACUGUGUUUCAUUCCAAACUUACUCUUCACUCUCCAGUCUCCACUCGCCUCCAUAUCAAUCCAUUUCCUGUCUUCUAGACUUCGCAGUUUUCUUUGCUUUACUAAACUCUCUUCUUUCUUCAACCAUGGAUGAGGAAAGGAGGCAUUGGAUGAAGCCCAACUGGACUUUGUUACCGCUUCACAUUUUGUCCAAAAUCGGAGAAAGGCUCGAGAGUUUUGAUGAUCAUCUCCGGUUUCGGUCAGUUUGUAAAACUUUUCAAAUGGCGAUUCCUUCUCCUAUCAAAACCGUUAUUCCAACCAAAGUUCGGAACACUUCCUUCCCCUUUUACACGGACCCGACCACCACCAGUGGUCGCAUUGACCACUUUCUACUCACAGAGUCAACCAUAUUCGCUCUUGAGCCACGCGUUGUUUCCAAUCCAAAUGAAACCUCUCAAUCAUGGUUCGUUAAUAUUGAAAGGACAAACAUCGGCACUGUCCGGAUAAAGGAUCCUCUCGGUGGGUUCCGUUACCGUAAGUUGCCCAACGACUUACCUAGAACUAUCAACCUGUUAGAUUAUCGUAUCAGAGAGAUAACCAAAGGUUACCGGCUUGAGUUGGCCACUUCUAGUAAAAAGAAUAACAGUAGAGUCCAUAUGAGUAAGCUUUACCAAAGGGAGCCCACCAUCUUCUUUAAAGUUGCUGUUUCCAGGUAUGCUGAAAAGUUUUCAUUCUUGGCGAUUCAUAAUGAGAGUCCGGACAUCUUCCGUGCUGGCGACGAUGAUAAUCGUGGGAAACUGGUGGGGUGGAAGGAAGGGAAUGAGGAAUUGACUGUAUUGGACGUUGAUGUGCAUGAUGUUGUGGAUGUCAUUUACCACGAUAACAAAUUCUAUGCUCAGUGUUUGUCUGGUCCUACUUUGGGUUUCGAUGCUAAAACUCUUGAAAUUGUUCAAGUUACGCACAAGAAGGGUACCAGAGGCCGACAUUUUUUCGUGGAGUCGUCGGAAAAUCUGUUUCUUGUGAAUACGUUCUGGGAUUUCAAAAGUGGCAGUGUUCUUCUAACUUUGCAGUUUUAUGAACACAAUGGGUUAGAUAACGACUGGGUUCCAAUGAAGGAUGGCGUUGGGGACAGAGUUUUGUUUCUUGGAAGCGAUUUUUCUUUUUCUGUUUCGGCGAAGGAGUUCUUGGCAUUGACUGAGAAUACUGUCUACUUUACUUACGAACAUUUCCUCAAGCCUAAAGAAACUUACCCCGGAAUGAAUGCCAAUAAAGUUUACUUGACGCAUAAUAUUACUGGUCUGCCCCUGCCUUUUCCAGAUUGUACUAAAAUUUUCUGGCCUCCACCAACGUGGGUGCUGGGUCUUGGUACCAUGGCUGACAUCUCCUCCUCGGCCUCCUCGUCGCCUCCUCUUCCUCUUUAACCGACGGUUACUGCUUGGAGGCCUCUUUCGGAUCAGUGUGAAACUUUCUUUUGUGAAGUAUGUUUGUCGAAUUCUUUCAACUUGUAGUUGUAUUGUCCAGUACAAGUAUGGUUUGUAGAUUGAAUUUUCAUCACUAUUGUGUGUAUUUUGAGCAUUUUCAGGACUAUGAGUAUUGCAUUUAGGAACUUCUUCUAAGUUUGUAUUGAUAACCGAUACUAAUUUAUGGUAAUGGUUUGAUGUUUUACUUUACGAUUAUCCUUUAUUACUCUGUCAUACUGCAUAGCCAAUGUAUGUCAACUUGAUUGCCUGUUUUUAUUCAGCCCAAUAUGGAACAUUUAUCCAAUCAGUAUUUUUGAAUUAAUGACAUUUCUUCUCUGG